AUGUCCCUUCAUGCACUCCUUGAGGGGGUGAACGGCGCCAUUCUGGUGACCUGGGUGGCCAACGCGGCCGCGAAGCUGUCCUAUGCCGCCUCGAACUGUGCUCUCAACCUCAACGUGGAUGCGAUUUGCUCCGUGGGCGUGACCGGCCUUGUCUCCGUCAUGGGUGAGCUGGCGGCAACCGCUUCCCUGGCGGCGGCCACGUGCACGGGAGUUCCUCCGCAGCUGACCACCACGAAGAUCAGCGUCCUGGGAGACCAGACGGUGCGGGGUGGCCGACGACUGCUCAUCGGCGAGGGUCCAAUCGGUGUGGGUGUGCAGUGUGGGGUGGAUGUUGGUAUGGUGGUGGCCAACCUCGCCAACAUGGGCCUGUCCAUCAACUCGGCUGUGAACAGCGGCCAGUGUGGCCGCGUCCUCCUCGAUGGGCCGAUCAACAAGGUCUCUGGGCUCUACAGCGCCCUGUGCACCGUGGACAUCGGUGGUGCCAUUGCCUACAUGAGCCAGGUCGUCACGUUCAUCAACCUCAUCGUGGUUCACUGCCAGGACUUUCUGGAUGUCAGCGCGCUCUGUGGCGCAAGCAUCUCAGGCAUCAUCACUUCCGCGGCGGCCAUGGCCCCGUACGGCGCGGCCGUGCACGCGGCCUGCGCCAAGGGCGACAUCAUCAAGAACCCCAAGAAGGCGGAGGCGAUCAGCAGCUUGUACAAGGUGCCCACCCCGCGCCGCCUGGAGGAGCUGAAGGCACUGAAGGAGAUGAAGGACGCCAUGGCCAACCUCAAGGACCGGCUUCUGGAGUGGAAGUUUCAAGCAGGGAACACUGCUCAAAAAUGA